AAAAAGGAGUAAGAUAAAGUUUUAGUGCCCAUAAAGAUGGACACUAAGUUUUGUCUAUUACUCAUCCUUAGUGCACAUUUAUUAACAGAAGCAAACACUGAGGUAGCUGCGGAAGACAUUGUAGAAGGACAACCACCCGUAUGCCCAUUGUCCGCAAGGUUCAAGAACCUCAGAAAAUAUGUUUAUCAGUAUACAGCUGAGAGCAAAAAUGGGGUGACGGGUACAGCUAACCUCAGGAAUGGGCCAAAGAUCUCCUGUCAGGUUGAAAUUGAGGUCCCACAGACCUGCAGCUUUGUCCUUCACACAAAAGAAUGUGUCCUGAGCGAGGUGUCGGUCAUUGAUGCACAGGGUCAGCCUGUUUACAGGCAGGCUGCUGGAGCCGAGGCCUUCCAGCUUGCCAUGGAGAAGAACCCUCUGAAUUUUGUGGUGGAGCAGGUAACCAGUGUUUCCAUCUAUCCAGAGAAGGAUGAACCAGAAAACAUUUUGAACAUCAAAAGAGGAAUCAUCUCAGCUCUCCUCGUGCCAGUCCUGGAGGAAGAACACAAUGAAAGAAUGAGUACAAUCCAUGGUAUUUGCAAGACAGAUAUCACAGUCAACUCCAGGAAGGAUAUCGACACAGAUGUCACCGUGGUCAGAGAUCUGUCGGACUGCAGCCAUUUCUCACCUCACAGUCUCCCCACAAGCCCCCUGUCACUCUUGCCUGGCCUGAAUGGACUUAUUUCCAAGCUAAUCAGCAGUACUCAGACUUGCAACUAUCAGUUUGAUAACAGGAGAAAGCACAUGACUGAAGCUCAGUGUACAGAGAAGCAUCUCUUCAUCCCGUUCUCACAUGAGGGGCAGUAUGGUAUCUCCUCAGAAGUAAAACAGAGUCUAAUGCUACAGGAUUCAGUGAAAAUAAACAACAGAUAUUUCAACAAAGAUGAUACUCUUGAGAAGAAGCUCUUUUUGGAGGAGGUGGAGGACAAACUUCCUGUUCAGUCAAAGGAUGAUGUGCUUGCCACAGUGAGAGAGCUGAAUAUGCUUAGCAGCUCAGGAAAGAGUCAACAGCGAGCCAGCCUCUUCCACAAGUUGGUGUCUGAAGUGCGUGGCUUGAAAAACGAGACGCUGUCUGGAGCUGCUGAUGAGAUGAUGAAGAUCUCAGAGUGGCUUACGUGGCAGACGCUCUUUCAGUGUGGAACCGAUGAAUGUACCAGUGCCAUCAUGCAGAUCCUCAGGACUUUUGAUGAAUCAGCCAGAGAAGUGGAUGCUAUAGUUUAUGCUUUGAGUCUCUUACCCCAGGCCAGCCCUCAGAAGGUUAGAGAUAUGUUGAGCAUGGCUCAAAACAAGCAAAGCAAAUCCAUCAUGUAUGCUCUUGCCAACACAGUGAAACAACUUCCUCAAGACCAAGCAACAUCAACACCAGAAGUUAAGGAAGUAGCUGAAUUCAUGGAAUUCAUGCUAGGUGAUUGUUCUAGAGAUGAAGACAGUACUUACCUUACAUUAAGGGUUAUUGGAGUCAUGGGAAAGUACAUGGAGGGAUUCCCAUCUCUGAAGUCUUCUCUUCUAAAUUGCAUGGGCCAGACGUACGCUUCUCUGCCAGUACAAAAAGCAGCUAUCCAGGCUUUCAGACUCAUGGAAAUGGAAUCAGAUGUGAAAAAUGCCCUGAUACAGCAGUAUGAGAAUUCAGAGGCACCUGCCCAAAAACGCAUUUCAGCAUAUCUGAUGCUCAUGAGGAACCCUGAAGAAGCAAACAAGGUGCUGAGGACACUCAAAACUGAGCAAAAUGAGCAAGUUAAAAGCUUUGUCUCUUCUCAUAUCGCUAACAUAUUGGAAUCCGAAGAUCCGACCCUAAGCACAACAAAGGACUACAUUCUAAAAGCUAUACGGGGAGAUGCGAGCUUCAACCCUGUGGACUUCACAAAGUUCUCACAUAACUACAAAAUUGAAGUCCCGCUGGUUGGCUCAGUAGAAAGCAACAUGAUUUUUGACUCUGCUAAUUACAUGCCCAGAGAAAUCAUGUUAGCCACCACACUUGACAAUUUCAAUGCAGAAAUACUUGAGAUUGGUCUUGAAGGUGAAGGCUUUGAGCCGGCCAUUGAAGUUCUCUUUGGUGAAAAUGGUUUCUUCCCUGAUACAAUCUCAAAAGCUUUGUACUGGGUCAAUGAAAAGAUUCCACAUCCCGUCAAACGGGUUUUGGAUAAGUGGAUUUCCCCACUUAGAGGUGAAAGGAUGAAAAGACAGGUUCCUCAGGAUAUCAUGAGAAGUGUGGAAGAAUACCUAUCAGAGUUCAAAAAACGCCUUGAACAGAUUGAAGACGCUCCUAAAGGCUUGGCCUACCUGCGGUUUAUGGGAACAGAACUGGGAUACUUGAAGACUAAUGAGCUCAGUCUCAUCAUUCACUACAUUAAACUAUACACAGAGACAUUUAAAUCGAUGUCUAUGAAUUUCAUGGGAAAGCUAAUAUCUAGCUUAGAGAAUGAGCUUUUUGUCCACUAUAUGUUCUUGGACAAAGCCUUUAUGCUUCCUACAAGUGCUGGCUUUCCACUGAAGCUUUCCCUAUCUGGAGUUCUGGCCCCUGGAGCCAAAGGAGGCCUGACUAUUGACCGCAUGAUGCAACAGCUCUCAUUCAUGCCAUCUGUGGGCAUUGAGUUUGUUACCCAAAUGGGCGUUUAUAUCCCGGAAUUUGUGGUAGCUGGGAUUGAAACACACACAAACAUGUACCAUGAAAGUGCUGUGAAUGCCAAGGUCACCAUAAGUGACAGUCAGAUCAAGCUUUCCAUCCCUGCGCCACAGGGAAACAUCCAGGUCUUUAGCAUCAGCAACAAGAUGCUCUCAGUGACCACCACUCAGACUAAGAUUGUCCCCUCCAUGGUAGAGGACAGGACUGACUCUACAGAGUGUAAUCCCAUUUUUCCUGGGAUGAAUUACUGCACAAUUUUGCGGUAUUCAAAUGCUAGUUCCACCAAUAAUGCACCAUACUAUCCUCUCACAGGAGAGACAAGGUUUGCUCUGGAACUUCAACCUACAGGAGAAGUGCCUGAGUAUACGGCAACCAUUGCCUAUGCAUUGCUGAGAGAAGGAAAGGAUGGGCGCCAUAAAGUCGACUCUUUGAAAGUUGUUCUCAAGGCUGAGGGUGCUGAGCCAACUGAAGCCACAGCAGUUGUGAAAUACAACCGCAAUAAGAACAUCCUCACCACCGACUUCCAGAUUCCUGAUUAUGACCUUGAAGCUGGCAUCAAAUUGGCAGUUACAGAUAGCAUUGCUAAAGGAAAGAAGAUGCGUGGCAUUACAAUUGACGUAACUAACAAAGACAUCCCGCAACUUUCCCUAGUUGGACAUGCCAGGUUAGAGGCUAUGACGGACGGUCUGAUUGAGCUUAAGUUGGCAGUGCCAGCACUACAGAUGGAGUCCUCUGCCACAGCCACACUAAAGCAUAACAACGGGCUCAUCCUGCAGCUUGAAACUGCCUUUAGCAUGCCAGAGACUACAUCUGUGCAAAAAGCCAUCCUCAGAUACGAUAAUAACAAGGUUGAACUUGAAAUGAAGUCGGACAUAAACUCUGAAGUUGAUCAACUUUUUCCAAAUAUGGAGGAGUACCGUAGCAAGCUGCAGGCGAGUAUUGAUGAUGUCCUUGAUCAGAAAGUCACCAAGACUGACAUGAAACUUCGUCACAUUGUUGCAAAAGGGUUAGAGGCAGCGAAUAUUUGGCUGGAUAAAAUAGCAGCAGGCAGUACAUUCGUGAACAUACAGAGGGGCAAAAGAAGCACACCUGAACUCACCUUGCCAUCUUUGCCAGAAAAAUUAUAUCUUAAAUCCGAUGCAUUGAUGAGAUACCAGUUCAACAAAGGCAGAAUCUCCAUUUCACUUCCUCUUCUCUUGGGAGGAAAGUCAUCUGCUGAACUCAACAUUCCUCCCACCCUCACACUCCCACAGAUUCAAAUUCCCUUCAUUGGCCUAGAAAUUCCUGAGAACAACUACAAGAUUCCAGCAUUCACAAUUCCCAAAUCUUUGGACUUCUCCUUACCUAUGUUAGGUGUAGCAGAGGUGUCUGUCAAGACGAACAGCAACUUUUAUGACUGGGAGGGCUCUAUCUUAGGGGGAAACAACACUGUUGAUGUUCCCAAUUACAUUGCUAAGUACAAAAUGAUGGCCAGCUGCCCCUUGACACCCCUGUCAUACAAAAUUGAAGGUAUGGGCAUGAUCACUGGUACAGUAGAUGAUACUUUGAAGUACCUUGUAAAUGGAUCUAUCAGUCAUUGUUUACUUGACGCCAGCCUUAGCGUCUCUGAAACUAUGAGUAUGGCUGAUAAGAUCAGUGGUAGGACCAACUACAGGAUUGAAGCAUCUAGUCCACUUGGUCUGCAAACCUCUUUGCAUUAUUCGGCUCAGUCAGCUUCCAUGAAUGAUGAGAUCAUUGGAGAUGGAAACUUUGAUGGAUUUAUCAGCAUAGGCUCUCUCUAUGCCAACUCCACCCUCAGCCAGUCCUACAUCUUCAGUAUGCUCAAAAGAGAAGGAAAAGGAGAGUCCACAUUGAAGUUUGACUCUUCAAUCAUCCAAGGCCAGAAUGUGAUCAAAGGAUCCUACGUCAAUGGAGAGCUGUCGCUUUUGUCCAAAACAAAUGUGCAAAAUGACGUUCUGAAGCAUGUGGUGGAGUUAAAGCACAAGAAAGGGCAGCUAUCUGUAAAGUCGGAUGGUAGUACAACGGCACUUGGAAAAGCUCUGCGCUGUAAAGCUGAACUUAAUGUCACAAGUGAACAAGCCACACUGAAAGUUGAAACCCAGGCGGAUGAUGCAACACAUCGUGCGUACUCCCUCCUUACUGGAUCCUUAAACAGUAACGGCCUUGAAAUAAACAUAGAAGGUUUGCUGAAUUUCAAAGACGGACGUGGGACACACAAAGGCGCGCUUACUUUUGGAGCAAAUGGCUUGACCUCCAGUUGCAUGACUACCAUUGAGGGAAGCUUUUUUACUUUUGAGAAAACCAUCAGUGUUGGUAUCAAUGGUGAUGGAGCCUCUAUGUCUCUUGUAUCCAAAGGAUCAGCACAGGAUAACACAGUUGAGCUCAGUACGGAGGGUAAGAUUUCACCCAAAGAACUGUCUCUAACCAGUGUUUUGAAAGGAAAUGCCUUUGGUGGAACUGCAAGAAACACCAUGAACUUUGGUAUUGAUAAGCAAGGACUGAGUCUAUCUAAUACCAUGAUGGGUAAUUUACAGAAAAUGAGAUCGGAGUGCACACAUACCCUUACUGUAACUUUAUGGACCUUGGCUUUCCGUUCCAAAACUGACAAUUUCAUCUGCGAUGGAGCAUCCUACAACCAUGACAUGAAAAUUAACAUGAAGCCGUUUGUCACAUCACUAAGUGCAAAUAACAAACUUGAGAUGUUUGAUUUUGGACUCAGCGGUGAUGGCCGCCUUAAGAUAGAGCCAUUUAAGAUGGAUGUAGCUGGAAGCCUCAGUGGAAAGUAUGGGGAUGAGGAUAACGUUAAGCACAGCUGUCAGUUUACUUACGCAGAUCUGGCUGGUACUGUCAAGUGCAAUACAACAGUGAAAGUUUUCGAUUCCCAGAUGAGUAACAACUUUGACCUGGACUUUGCAGGACUGUCUUCUGUUAUGAACAGCAAGACUCAAGUAAAUUGCGAAUCUUUACGUCUUGAAAAUAACAUUCGCACAAUGGCCAUGCCUUUUAGCCUUACAAUCGAUGCCAUUUUGAACAGCGAUGGCACUGUGAAGUUUUAUGGGAAACACACUGGUCAGCUCUACAGUAAGUUCCUUUUGAAAGCUGAGCCAUUGGCCAUUGCUAAGUCCCAUGAAUACAGAGUGUCUGCUGUACACAUGUUGCCAAACGGACAGUCAGCUGAAACACACAUUGAAAAUAAGUGUGACAGCUUGCUGAUACCUAACGAACAAUCUGUGGUGUGGAAAUUCAAGUCGAAGCUAAAUAAUCACGCCUACAAUCAAGAUGUCAGUAUUUACAACAAAGAAACCGAGAUGGGGGUCCAGCUCUCUGGAGUGCUUCAAACUAAUCUUUUGAACACGGAAGCAAAAUCUAGUGAUAUUCCGUUAGACAAUCAAAAGUUUAGUGCUUCUGGGUUUGUCAAGUAUGAUAAGACCAGUGACUGUCACAUUAUUUAUCUUCCAUUUAUUGAGAGCUUCCCUGCUGCCUUUGAAAGCAUUAAAAAUGCAAUUCUGCAUAAAUUCGAAUCCCUACAAAACUACCUCAUCAGUUUGGAUAUCAAUGGUUUGAUUGGAAAUUUUAGGAACAAGUUGGAUGAACUCCCUCAAAAAGUGAAUGACAUCAUAAUGGACAUGGACCUAGAGAAAAAAGUCAACAUUGUCAAGAACCAGCUGAUUUCCCUCAUACAUGAAUACACCAUAUCAAUAGAUGACCUUGAUGCAUAUGCUGAGAAAUUUAAGGAGUCUUCUAAAAAGAAUAUCAUUGAUUUAGCAACAAAAAUUAGGGAUGUGAUGAUUCAAAUCAAAGAUGGCAUUGAGAGUGGAUCGUGGGCCAAUUCCGUCUCUGACAUUUUGAUGCAGAUUGGAGAUGAGAUAAAAGCUUUUGAUGAGAAGUAUGAAAUAACCAAAACAAUUAUCAGAGGCAUUGAUGGUAUUGAAGAUAUAAUAAGACAGAUUGAUUUACAAAAGCUGCAGGACAGCAGUGCUGCUUGGUUGAAACAACUGGAUGCAAAAUAUGAAAUUAAAACCAAACUUCAGGAAAAGCUGAGCGAACUGAGGAAGAUUGUUGAGACAUUUGACAUCAAGAUGUUACUUGAGGGUCUGAGAGACUAUAUAAUCUCAUUCGACUUGACUGAAUAUGUGGAAGACCUAUCCGGUCAAAUCCCAUACGAUGACAUAGAGAGAGUGCUGGAUUCUGCGAAAGAUGUAAUUGUAAACUGGAUAGAGGAGUACGAAAUUCCAGAGAAAAUCAAUAGGGUUUACUUAAAUGCACAAGAGCUUAUUUUACGCUAUGAAAUUGACAAGAAAAUUGAAGUUUUUGUGGAGCAGGCCAUUAUAUUAGUCAAGCAGUACAGAAUCCAAGAGCUGGUACAGGCUGUAGUGGAAACUUUAAAAUCUAUCCAGUUUGAGUACAUCUCUGAUAAGGUUAUGGAGGUCUUGGAUAGCAUUGUUUCUCUGUUAAAGCUGAUGGAUUUCAAACAAAUUAUAGAUGAUUUAAAUGAGUACAUUCUCAUGAUUAUAAAGACCUUAAGGACUUUUGAUUACAACACAUUUGUUGAUGAAAUGAAUGAAAAACUCAAGGAAGUAGUUCAUUAUAUUAACAAGCAGAUAAAUGAAGUGUAUGAAAUCCCACAAAAAAUAGAGGCAUCAAGAGAAUUUAUUAAAGAGAUGCAGGUGACUGUUGUUGAUUAUUUGGAAAGACUGAAAAAUACAAGGAUAGCUGAGGUUUGCAGGAAUGUUAUAGAUGUAAUCGACACCACUGCAUAUAAAGACAUAAAACUGAAGAUCCAAGACAUUCUUGAGGAUGUGAGGCAGAGAAUCAAUGACAUGGACAUCACAGAUGAAAUCUUAGUUUACUUGGAAAGAGCGAGCAUUGCUUACGUCAAUAUGAUCGAAUUCAUUUCAUCAAAGUUCACAGAACUCAUUGAUAAAAUUAAGAAGAUGGCUGAAAAUAAGGAGCUUCUCAAUCAAAUCAGUCAAGCUGUGGAGGGAAUUCUCAAUGCCGUAAAGACAGCAGAAAUUGACGUACCUACCUUUAUUCUUCCAUUCACGACUCUUGAGGUUCCCGGCUUUAAGAUUAAAAUGGCAAAGCUACGCGAUAUUACAAUUCCAGCAAUGAUAACAACACAGGAAUUCACCAUUCUGGACCUAUUUAGUGUUCCUUCCAUCACAGUUGACUUUGAUCAAAUCAAGCAGAGCAUUGUUGAAUUCAUUGACAAGGUUCGCCAGAUAGAAAUGCCAGAAGUGGAUCCGGAGGCCAUCUUUGGAGACUUAAGAGCUUUUUAUCUUUCCGACUUGCCUGAUUUUACUUUCUCAGAGAUCACUCUUACGGAGAUCAAAUUCCCAGAAAUUACUGUUCCAAAACUUAAACUGGAGAGUUUUGAGAUCACCAUGUUGCCCAUCCCUGAAGUCAAAAUCCCUGAAAUUCCAUUUGAACCAUGUCUGCCAGCUUUUGGCAAACUUUAUGGAGAAUUCAAAGUAGAUUCUCCUCAUUAUACACUGAUGACGUCAGCAGCUCUUGAGAACACAACAAAAACACCCAAAUCUCCACAGUUUAAAGCUACUCUGAACUCAAAGGGAAAGUCGAACUUUGAAUUCCUUGAUUAUAACCUCGAUGCAGUGCUUCAAGUUGAAGCUCCAAAAAUGAGAAAAAUGGUUAUUAGCGAAACCAUGAAAGUCAGUCACAUGGCCUUUGGAAUUGACCAUGAGGGUUCUGUCAUCUUAAGUGGUCCUUCAGCCGAAGCAAAAGCCAAGACAGCUGCCAAAGUCACCACUCGUAUAUACACAGCUGAUUUGAUUAAUAAUGUAGGGAUUGCUUUAAAGAAUGGAAUAUCUGCAAAUAUGGACACAACUUACACCCAUAAUUUAAACAUCCCCACCAUAGAUCUCUCCAGUCAGGCUAUAAUAACCAAAAAAGCAGAGGCUCGCUUUGAAUCCGGGACAAUAACUGUAACAGUCGGAACAGUGGGAAGUGGCAAGUGGUCUCCAUCAAGUCCAUCAAGGACCACCAAGUCCAUUGAUGACUAUUCCGAUGAAAUUACACACAAGAGCAAUUUGGAAUUCACUGUCAAUGCUGGCACAGCAAAGCUCAAUUUUGAUGGAGAAACAAACAGCAGAAACCUAAAGAUGAAGCAGUCGGUUAAUGCAGAGUCUGUCAUUUUGAGCCACAUCACCGUUGAUGCCAGGGCUGAGACUGAGGCGCCCUUCAUCAAAGGCAGUAUUUUGACGCUGAAAGGAAAGGCUCAGAUGGAGGAUGUCCGAAUGCAAAUUGGAAUUUCACAUAACGCUGAGCUAAUUGGAAAAGUGAGUGGAAGUAUAUCCAAUGCAUGUGAGUUCUUGGCUCAACCAUUUGAGGUCACACUUGACUGCAGAAAUAAAGGGAACUCUAAAAUUCUCUUGCCCCUGAAGCUGACUGGAAAAAUAGAUCUCCAAGAUGACUUUGGAUUUACUUUGAACUCCAAUAAACAAAAUGCUUUUUGGGUAGGUCUGGCUCGCUUCAAUCAGUACAAAUACAGACACAACUUUACUUUGGAUAACAGUGAAAAUGAAGCUGGAAUCUAUGCUUUUGUUGAUGGUGAAGCCAAUCUUGACUUCUUGACCGUUCCACUCAGUAUCCCAGAAAUUACAAUCCCAUACCUGAAUAAGAAAACACCCAAAAUUGAAGAGUUUUCACUUUGGGAAGAUUAUGGUCUGAAAGAUCUUCUGACCACUCCUCAACAAUCAUUUGACAUUGAUUUCAAGCUCUUGUAUCAGAAGAACCCAGACAAACACACAUUUGAUCUAAACCUUGAGCCAUUCUACGAAGCCUUCGUUGAAAAUGCCAAGAUCUUGAAUUUGCAUUUUGAACUCGGACGAGACCACAUUUUGGAUGCCCUCACCAACUCCUACAACGAAGCCAGAAUUCAGUAUGGAAAGCACAAAAUUGACACAUCAAAUCAGCCACCAAGAUAUUUCACUGUUCCUGGAUACACAAUACCUAUACUAAACAUUGAGGUUUCAGCCUUCCGAGCCGAACUGCCCGCAUUCAGUUAUUUCAUACCUAAGGAGGUAAGCACACCAAGCUUUAAAGUUCCUUUGAUGGGGUUUUCAGUGCCAUCAUACACCCUUGUGCUUCCGUCUUUGGAGCUACCAGUCUUGCAUGUCCCUGAGACCCUUCGAGCCUUGACCCUUCCCACAUUUACAAUACCAGAAAUGCAGAAUAGCAUAAUGAUACCCGCGUUUGGAAAUAUGACGUACGAGUUCUCAGUCAAAUCCCCUGUAAUAACUCUGAAUGCCAAUGGCGGCCUGUAUAAUCAAUCUGACGUUAUGGUCAAGUUUGAUGUCUCAUCAACAUCCGUGUUCGAUGUCCUCAAAGUUAAACUUGAUGGCAGUACCACCAUCAAUAAAAGGAGAGGUUUGAAGAUGGCCACAAGUCUGUCCUUGGUACAUAUGAUUGCUGAAUGUAGUCAUGAAAGCACUGUGAGCCUCUCCAAGAGGAGUUUGGAGGCUUCCUUAACAAACUUGGCUAAAGUUAAGCUCCCAGUUUUUACGAUGGACCUAAAUCAAGUGCUUCGUGGCAAUACCAAGUCUAAACCAAAUAUAGCCUCUAACAUCAAAGUUAGCUACACUUAUAAUUUACCAGUAAUCGAGAUGCAAGGCUCUGGAAGCGUGGAUCACAAUUUAGCUCUUGAGGCACUCUCAUCUUAUUUCUCUUUGGAGAGCACUUGGAAAGGAACAACAGAAGCAACCGUCAUGGAAAGUGCAAAUCUUGCUGGAUCUUUAAACAAUGAAGCAACUAUUUAUUUAAAUGCCAAUGGUCUUCGUUCCACACUGAAAACUGAUCUAACCUCUAAGAUCUACCACCAAAAGGUUGGUUCCUGGAAUAUGGACGCCACUAAGAACCUCGCUCUCGAAGCUUCUCUUCGGCGUGUUUAUGCUACGAUGACUUACGCAAGCACCAAUGUUGCUAGCAUUGCAUCGUUUUCAACAAACGGAAAGCAAAAUAUAAAGGCAACGCUUGAGUUUGUUCCACUGACAACUUUGUCAGCUAAUCUUGACAUUGACAUAUCACAACCAAGUAACCUCGGUCAUGCUGGCAUAGUGCAGAAUGCAGAUCUUUCCAUCACCUCAGACAAGCAAAAAUUACUUUGGAGUGGCAAGGAACAACUAGCAACACUGAUCCAUUCCUCUGAUCUGAUGCUAUCAAACGAUCAGUCUGAAAUCCGCAUGGAAAUGUCCGAAUCCAUUGAGGGGAAUGUUGCAUUCCUGAAGACCAUCAAAUUACCAGUCUACCAGAAGAGUCUGUGGGACAUAUUUAAAUUUGGUGAAGUGACCAGUGCUGACCAAUUGCAGUUCCUCAGUGCUUCGACUGUUGUUAUAUACACCAAGAGCAUGGAGGGAACACUAUUUGCACUGCCUACAAAAUUGUUUGAAAAUGGCGUCACGUUUAAUAUCCCACAAAUAACAGUCAGAGUUCCUAACUGGUUUAAAAAACUUCAGCAAAUGAUUAGAGAAGUGGAUAUGCGAAUUGAAGAGCCUGGCCUGGCAGAUUAUAUUUCAAUACCACCAGUAAUAACUGUUCCAGAGUUUACCGUACCAUUGACUACUCUUCAUGUACCGUCAUUCGUCAUUGAUUUGACAAAUCUACAAAUCCCCAAUGAGAUCAGUACACCUACUUUUGAUAUCAAUUUGCCUGGUUUACCAAAAGUGGAAAUCCCUAGCAUUAAUGCAAAAACAAAAUAUCUGAAAGACAAAAUGGCUCAUUUGUUCGUCAGUUUGCCACAGUAUGAAAUCACCAUCUCACCAUUUGACCUUCCCAAAGCAUUUGACAUUGGCGACUACCCAAUUCGCCUGGAUGACAUCACAAAAACGCUAUAUAAUUUUGAAUUGCCAAAUGUUAUCAUCCCAGAACAAAAAAUCGAAGUCCCAGAGAUAUCAAUCCAUCUCCCAGCUGGUGUGUUUAUUCCAACCUUUGGUUCCCUAUCCGUCACUAUCAAAACGUCUACUCCAAUUUAUAACAAUACAUGGGCUGGAAAUAUAGAAAACACAAAGUCAGGAAUUGUUUGUACAUUGAAGUCCACCUGCGCGUCCACCAUGGUUUUCCUCGAGUAUAACUUGGAUGCGAUUGCCACCAUUCUUCUUGAGAAUGGAGCUGUGGGUAUAGAUGGAAAAAGUACGUUUACCCAUCAGGAUGUGAAUAUAAACUGGAAGCAUGAUCUUCAUCGGAAUCUAAGAAUGAAACGGGAUGAGUCCUCAGUUUCCAGUCCCUCACGACAUACACUGGGCAUUGACGUGACAAGCCAGACUUUUGCUGACUUGCAUUUUCGUUAUGCAUCACACAACAAUGGAAUCACGUCUUCGAUAUCCUCACCGGCAGCUGGCUUCAUCGGGUUCCAAUUCACUAGGAGGUCACCAUCUCAGAUUUAUGCGAAACUGUUCAGCAGAUAUUUGUCAACCCCUGAUAAGGACACAGACCUGAUGAGUUUCCGUGUUACUUUGAAGAACUCAGAAAAGCUGAGCAUCCAAGUUGGCUAUCAUAUCAACGGUCUAUCAGAUAUGAUAAAUGGCCUUAAAGACAGACUUCCUUCCAUCAUAGCAUCUCUCCACCAGUUUAUCAACCAGUACCACGUCAGUUACCUUGGCAUUGACCUGAACCGUGCCGCCCUAAAGCUGAAGAACUCACUCUCCAAUGGCAUCGACAAAGCUUACCAAGAGAUCCCACGCAUGAUCGAUUCUCUGCAGACCUCAGUUGAGCAGCUCAGACAACAGGCUAAAAAGAUGUGGAGGAGAACGCUGGAGAACUUACCCCAGCUUGAUUUCCAAGAGUUGAGCAGAAGGUUCUCCAUCAGCGCAAAUGAAUUUCUUCAGAAGUAUGAGUCAAACAUGCGGGUUCUUUUGGAUGCUGCCAUGAAGUUCUUGAGGGACACCAAAUUCCACUUACCAGGUCUGGAGGAGAAGCUCACCGGGCAGGAGUUGUACACUAGGAUCAGGCAGUCCAUUUCCAAAGCAAUCGAUAGAGCUUCUACAAGGUUUUUUAGUCUCAUAGAAACCAUUGCUGACACCAUUUCAGGUCACAUUAAUAAAGCAGAAUUUACUGUUCCUGGUACCACUAAGGUUAUUAGUGGGAAGAAAAUUUUGAAAGAUCUAAGGUCUGCGAUAAAAUCAGCAAAGGAUCAGAUUAAGCAAGCGAUAGAGGGAUGGGAAAACCUCAAAGUGGAGAAUGUGUUCCAGGACCUGUUAAACUCUGUGAAGGUUUACAUCCAAAAGGCAGAAGAGUUCCUGAACUCUCUCAAGACAGAAAAACUGGAAGAAAUUUCCUCACACAUCAAUGGCAUUUACAAAGAAGCAGAGAACUUAGAGGUGACGCAGAAGAUUCGUGAAUGGAUGCGGGAGGCUAAAAGAGGUUUGUCUGAGCUCAAAGACUUUAGCAAAAGUAAAAUCCAGGAGCUGUACAACGAAAUAUCAAAGGAGAAACUCAUCUCUAAUCUAAACGAUCUUCUCAUGAUGGUCAAUUCAUAUGUCAAUAGUCUGUUUAAGAGCUACCUUGCGUUAAUGAAGUCAUUGCCAUCAUAUACAGAGCCAUAUGUACGGGUUUCAAACAAAAAGACGGAUGUGGAUAUUCCUCUUCCUUUCUAUUGGAAAUCUUUUAGUGAAUGGCCCAGCAUGGCAUAAACCUUUGAUCUUAAAAUUCUGCAUUAGGAACACUUUUUUGUCUACCUUCUUCUUUGUGUCUCCUUAACAGUGUAUUAUGAACUUUGUAUGUCAUUUUAGUAUUUAAUUUGAUCUAAUUGUAGUAAAUUAAAGUAUAUACCUAUGUAAUGAUUAUCUGUCUUGGUGAACAACGUUUUGAGAAUAUAAUUAAGCUAAUUUGAGUUUGGAAAAUAUUGUAUUUAAGGAAAUGUAUAAAUAAAAAAGCUGCAAGACAUUA